AUGAAUGUCUCCUACAACUGGUGGGGAACUGGCAACGAUGCCGAAGUAGCCCAGCGAGUGUUUGAUUUCGACGAUUGGAACACAUUCACCCUUGCCGAGUACAGUCCAUUCUAUGUUACUAAUGAGCUUUUUAUCAACUUUUGGUGGAAACCCAGAAAAGGUCAACUGGCCAAUGCGACUUAUAGCGAACCAUCUGUACAUGAUUUGAAGGGUCGAAUGUUCGAGUCAAAGAAUCUGACUUUGAUACGGGAACGAUGGCAUCAGUUCCCACAUUACUACAAGCCAUUCCGUCCUUACCGUAUCACCAGAGACUUAACGAUCAUGCCUGGUGCAACUUUAUGGAUAGAGAAAGGUGUGGAAGUGCAUGUUUGGCCAAAUGUUCGUAUCCUUGUGCUUGGAGACUUGAUCGCUGAUGGAACUUAUUGGGAACCAAUAAGAUUCAAACCAAUCAAUACUACCGAGUAUGAUGAAAUGCGGGGAAAAAUCGGUACCAGAUAUAAAAGAAUGUCUGGCUUCUUACAUCGACGUUAUAAGCGAAGUGAUGUCAGCUUACGAGUGCAGAAAUGGUUGAGAACUAGGAGAGCUAAC